GUCGUUGCCGCGGUAACGGCGGCGCGUCCCGGUGCGGGCGGGAGCUGAGCGGGGCUGCAUGGAGGCGGUUCCGAGCCAGGCCGCGACAGUAGUGCCGAGAACGGGACCCGCCACUCGCCACCGCGGCAGGACGAUGACUCCAAUCACCUCUUCAGGAGGAAAUGCAGAAGCGGUCAGUGCCAGAAGAACAGAAUCCUGUGAUGUUUCAGAUAUUGUCAACCUCUUCAGCCAUUUUACAGAAGUCAUUUUUGGAUGGAUUGAUGUUGUGUACCUUUUAGAAAAAUCAAAUCUUGCUUUGACACUCUGCAAUGAAAAGAAUGAGGUCAUAGCCCAUGCUGCCUUUCUGGAUUAUCCAAACCGGAAUGUCACUGAUCAGUCUGAAUGGGAAUCAUUCUUAGAUGAAAACUACAUCAACAAUAAAUGUACUCGUUUAAACACAUUGUUCAUGCAUCUUUUUGUGGCAAAAGAAGAGUAUAGUGCUGCAUGUUCCCAAGAAGUUCUUAGGAGAGCUUUUAUCACAGUUCCAGAGCUGCAGUUUAUACUUCUUUUUAUUCCAGCUGAUGAAAAUUUAGAACCAGAGAUGGGAAAUGUCUUUGAAAAGAUGGUUGCUGCUCCAGAUUCAGUAGUGAAUACAAACGUUACCUUGCUGGUGUGCCCUAGGCACUGGUAUCACCCACAGCUGCAUAUUCGCCAAGCAAGGUUGGAAGAUUAUGAUGAUCUCAUACCAAUCUGGACACAUCAGAGUGAGACUUUGAAAGAAACUUACAAUGAGCAUUUCCUUGGUGAUCUCAUAGCACAUCAAGAUGAAGAAAACCAGGCUGUUGUCUGCGAGGAUGGUGACACUGCAGUAGGAUUCAUGAGCUUACAUUCUCAAGUAAAUGUUUCCUUGCUUCAAGAGUGUUUUGAGCUAAGGCCUUUCCAUGGGCUUUGUAAACCACAUGCUGAAGAUAUUCUCAACAUGCCACAGAAGCCCAGCAUUCAAGAAGAUGAAGAUAUGAGGAACCAAACAAGUCAAGAAACAGAGUCUGUUUCAUCUGUAAAUGUUCAAGAUAUUCAGGACCAGGAUGCAGCUGUGCAGAAAGAAGGAGCCAUUACCAUUUCCAGUGCAGAACUGUUGGUGGAUGAUGUCAAAGGUCUCAAAGCCUCAGCCACAGUUCUUGGGCCCCAAGAACAAGGUGCUUUUCGUCCAGUGUACAGAGGAGCUUCAAACGCUUUUUGCAUCCAACUGUUUUGCAUUGAUGAGGAACAUGAAACUAGGUCGCUGGAUUUUCUGCAUUAUGUUUUCAAGCUGUUUCCAGACAAAGACUUCUGUGUCAUCCUGGUGCCGCAUCAUGUCCCAGAGUCCUAUCUGAUCCGGAGUUUUGUUAGAGUUGUGCCUUUCUGUACUUCCAGACUUGGUCGUGAGCUUUAUGUGUUCCACCGUUCAGGAUUGAUCAAGUCAUUUAAUGUUAGAAAGGCAACAACCAAUGACCUGCCUGGUGUCAAAAUGCUCCUUAAAACCCUUAGCUUGAAAGAAAGCAUAUUGAAUGACUUCAAGAUAUUUACUCUGGCUCGUAAGGAUCCUGAUGGGAUCCCAGUACAGACUUUUGUAGCAGAAGUUUUGGAUCAAAUAGUUGGCAUUUCUGUCAUCAGAGAUGAAAUGGAUGUUGAGUAUAUUCGAUCCCAUUACAACAUUGAAGAUUUUAUUAGCUUCAAUCACUACCAGCAUGAGGAACAUGGCCAUCUGUACCAGUUUGUUUUAAAUCCUGUAUUUCAUCACUAUGCAAAACACUUUCUGAAGGAGAUCCUUUGCUUGGCCCGCAAAUCCUGUCUCUACUAUCCUAUUUAUCCACAGCACAUGGAAAGCAAGCUUCAGAAUCCCUGCGCCCAUUCCCUGACAUCUGCCCUUCAUUACAUGGUUCCCGUGCGACCAAGACGACAGAUUGUCUAUCCUCUGGAAGAGCUUGGCAUAAACGCUCCAUCAGAGCAGGUCUCCAAGGAUCAGUUGAGUUACUCUUUGAAUCACAUAAACCGCAAGCUGGUGCUGGACUCCAAGGUGUCUGUCAACACUCGAAUUGUGGUGGUUGGUGCAUCUGAUGUUGGAAUCUCUUUUCUGGAAACACUCAUUUUUCAUCCACAUCUGAAGUUCAACAAUCUGACCUUGAUUUCAAUUCAUGGCCUUCCAGGAAAAAACCCACUUGGCUCCAAGCAGAGAAGAUUUUUAAUUAACAGCCACUGUUUUAAUGAUGAAGACUAUGCACAGAUGUCACUUUGUUCCUGGGUUAACGUCGUGGUUGGUAAAAUGACUAGCAUCAAUCGCAAUGCCAAAUACGUGGUGGUGUCCGAGGAGAAAAAGGUGCCAUACGACUACCUUGUUCUCUGCACAGGGCAGAAAUACCAGGUCCUGUCUCCCACGGGAGCAGACAUCAGUAAACUCCCAACUAACAGCGAAGUCCUCAGUAAGUGGCCACAGAUGUACACAGGGAAAGUCCCUUCCAAUCAUUUUACCCUUAAUGACGAUCAGGAUUGCUUAAAGGCACUGCGAUGGCUGACGGAGAAUGUUGUCAGCUCAGAAGGGAACAUCAUUGUCUACGGGAAUACAAUUGACAUUUACACCACGGUAGAAACCCUCUUAUCUCUUGGCAUUAAUGGUUCUCGCAUACAUCUGGUUCAGCCUCCACUCGGCUCCAGCCUUACUUGCCUUAACAACAGGGAAAUCGAAAGUGCCGUUCAGGAAGCACUGUCAGAGGCUGGCGUGGCCGUGUAUGGUGACAGCAUCCUGGCAGAGUGGAGCUCAGGCGAGGACCCAGGCCUGAUCACACAGGCUGCCUUCACCACCCCUGCGAAACCAUUCCAAUUGCAGUGCUCAGCAUUUUUUAGCUUUGCCUACAGGGCAGUGGAUUAUGAAACCUUGAAGGCAAUUAACGAUGCUUGCCUUGUGUUCGACGGAAGGCUUGUGAUCGACAGUGAAUUCCGUACUAACGAUGGCAGCAUCAGGGCUGCAGGGCCCUUAACGAAGUACUCCAGGAGAUAUUAUGCAGAAGAAUGGACACACAACAACUUCAAUUCAAAGGAGAUUGGCUUUGAGCUUGCAACAUCUAUGCUGGAUCUCUUUGAUCCAACCCUUAAGCUGUUUUCUAAGUCACCAGAAGGCACAGAGACUCUCAUCCCCAUGUACAAAGGGUGUAAAGUUAAAGGAGGUGUUCUUCCUGGAGGUUAUAAUUAUUUGCAUGUUUCCAAACCAGAAAUCCCUAUCCACUUGGACUUAGAACCUGGAGUGUGUGAUCAUGGGAUGGAGAUUGUAACAGGAGAGGCACGACUUGGGAAUUACUUCCGGAUGCAUCUCAGCAAGGACAGCAUGGUAGAGAGCAUCACCUGCUUUUCAAAAGAGCCCUUUCCUGUCUCCAAUUACAUUUGCUUGUAUGGGCAGCAUGAGCGUCUUCUCAAUGACCUUUGCUACCGCUGGCGUGAUGGGCAGAUUACAGAUCUUUACAGCUACUUCAGGGAGCCUUGGUCCAUGGCCAUCUAUCACGAUCGGUUUAUUGAUCUCAAGAAGGAACUGCGCCAACUCCUGAUGUUGGAACAGGUUGCCGGGCUGCUCUCCGCCGCCAAGCCGACCCCAGGGGACCUCACGGAGCGAAGUCCCUGCCUGCCACAGCUGCGGGAACCCAUCCUUCGCUACCUGCGCCGCCAUCGCUACCACCUGCCCAUGUACAGCCCGGUCGAAACCGCCGACACUGGACCCUCGCCCACCGCAGUGCAGGCAGGGAGAGACUGAAACCAGGCAGUGGCACGCACCGUGGCAAGGCGAUGGCAGCGUCACAGGCACAGAGGAGACCCAGCGCUGGGACACUUUGGAAGCCAUCCUUCUGCUAUGGUAACUUGGCUGCUGCUUCUAACAGGCAGUACCAGUGUCACGUCCUGUCCUUUGGAAAAGCAUCACUACUAAUAAAUAACUGAACUCCUUUGGCGUUCAAAGGAGCACAAAGCCUAGCUGGCCCCUGCCUUGUCUCCUGGGCCCCACCUGUCUUGCCCAAGGCCAGAGGAAUGCUGUCAGUUUAGAUUUAAUGUUUUAACUAAAAAACCCUUAAUUUUAAAACCUUUCCUUGUGUGCUGGGGAAGUAUUUACAGAAGGUGAAGGGAAUGAUCAGAGAGGACUGGGAGCCCUGCUGUGUGAGGAAAGGUGAGAGAAUUGGCUUUGUUCAACCUUGAGAAGGCUUAGGGGAGACCUCAUUACCAUGGACCAGUACAUAAAGGGUGGCUGCCAGGACAAUGGAGACUCCUUUUGUACAAGGAGCCCCAUGGAAAAGACAAGGAGUGAUGGGGACAAGAUACUGCUGGGGAGACUCCCAUUGGACUCCAGAAGAAAUUAUUUCCUCAUGAGAACAGUUAGAAACUGGAAUCCUCCCCCAAGGCAAGCAGUGUAUUCCUCUACGUUGGUCAGUUUUAAAACUCGGCUUGCCAGGGUGCUGGGCCAGCUCAUUUCAACUAUCUCCUGGAAAGGUUGGAGUAGAUGAUUCUUGGGGUCCCUUCCAGCCUGGCAUUCUGUCAGUCUGUGACUCUUCCUGUGCUGCACCAGGCUGCUGACCUCUAUCAGGGUGUGGAUGGCUGCAGAAUGACUUCAGUUGUGAAGCAGUGCAGGGUUUAGUUAUCAGAGUGAGGGACCAAACUGUUUUAUUUGCUAAUUUUCCUGGGUUUUAUAUGUAAAUUACAUCCACUGCAAACCAGUUCAAAGAGAAAACUGAGGAAGAAGCCAUGCUUGAGAUACUGACUGGGAAUGUUUUACUGUAGGCACACAUACACACAAAAUACAGACACUGUGGUGCAUAGUAAAUUA